AUGUCGCUCCCGAAUGUUUCCGAUGUCGCUCUCUGGUUCGCCCUGGCUCUGGGGCUUUGGAUUUGUUUAAGUAAACUUUACCAGGCCUAUGCCUCGCCUCUGAGAGAUGUGCAGGGCCCGUGGCUGGCAAGGUUCACUCGGUUCUGGUAUGCGAGGUCAACAUACUCGAGACAAGGCCACAAGAUCAAUAUGGAUUUGCAUAAGAAAUAUGGACCCAUCGUUCGCAUUGCCCCCAACGAGUAUAGUAUCGACGAUUUGGAAGCCUCCAAGAUCAUUUAUCGCUCUAGGGACCCUUUGGUCAAGGCGCCACGAUAUGCAGGGUGGGGUUUGCCGAAUGCAGAACCGAGUACCUUCACCACACUUGACAACGCUCAUCACGCGGCACGCAUACGCCAGGUGAACUCAUUGUAUCAGACUAGCGCGCUCGUGAAUAUUGAAUAUCAGGUCGAUGGCGUGACGAACGAGUUUGUGGAGAGACUGUCGGGGUUUGCUAAAGAGGGGAAGACAGUCGACAUGGGUGAUUGGUUGAAGUACUAUGCCUUUGAUGCUGUUGGGUCACUCUCCUUUGGCAAGCCUUUUGGCUUCCUUCAGAAAGGGACAGAUAUCGCCGGAAUCCUGGAGACCAUCCAUUCUUAUGCAUUCUACGGUAUGGUUGCGGGAAUAUACCACGAGUGGCACCCUACCACGUACAGGAUAUGGCAAUGGCUAGCCCCCAAGGAACGCGGUGGAGGCAUAGCACACAUUAUGCAAUUCGCAGGCCGAGCCAUAGAUGACUGGAACCGACGCCUAGAAUCAGAGAAAGCGAUGGAUGAAGAGAAGACUGAAGGUGGUGACCUCUUGUACACUAAUCAAACAGGCUCUCUGCUUGCGAAAGUCCGAAGGAACCCUGAGAGUUUCAAGGCUGAGGAUAUUUUCUAUCACAUGUCGAUGAAUGUGCUUGCGGGCGGAGAGACCACGGCUGCCUCGACCGCGAAUAUUGUUUACUAUCUGAUCAAGAAUCCAAGGGUGCUGGGCAAGCUUCGUGAAGAGUUGCAAGAGGCCUUGGGGAAGAGGGACGAGGCAAGCAAGAGGGUUUCGGUGAAGGAGGCGCAGAAUGUCCCUUACUUGCAGGCGGUGAUUAAGGAGUCGUUGAGAAUAUUGCCAAAUGGUCUGCACUUGCCGCGUGUGGUGCCUAAAGGAGGCCUUAAUUUGGCCGGGCGUUUCUUUCCGGAAGGUACGAAUGUUGGCAUUAAUCCCUGGGUCGCCCACGCCAACCGAUCCGUAUAUGGAGAGGACGCCGAUGUCUUCCGGCCAGAGAGGUGGCUGGAGGAGGGAAGUAUGGAUGGAGAGAACAAGAUGGAGCAGUACUUCUUCACGUUCGGCCGCGGCCCUCGUACUUGCCUAGGUAAAAACAUAUCGCUCAUGGAAAUGAACAAGCUCAUCCCGGAGCUGGUACUGCGCUUCGAUAUCGAGAUGGCGGAGAAAGACGCUGAGUGGACAGUGUACAAUGAUUGGUUCGUCAAGCAGGAAGGAUUUCGAGUCAAGAUAAGCAAGAGGCAGGAGACCGGCAUGCUUUUGUGA